AUGGGAAGCGUUAUCGACUUUACCACAUUUCAGAAUGUGAUUGGGGGAAAACUGUCCACCACUGCACAAACCCGCCAUGGCAUCAAUCCUGCCACUGGCAACCCCAAUCCAGAAGUGCCAGUUUCUACCCCCGCCGAUGUUGACAAGGCCGUUGAGGCGGGAAAAGCUGCGUUCAAACUCUGGUCCAAAACUUCAAUCGAAGAGAGGAAAAAAGCCCUCUUGACCUUUGCCGAUGCUUUGGAGGCACAUAAAGAUGAGUUCAUCAAACUGCUCGUGCGGGAGCAAGGAAAACCUGUAACCCUUGCUACCAUGGAGAUCCAGAGUGGAAUUGCUAGUAUUAGAGGUAGAGUCAAUCUUAUCCUAGAGGACGAAACUGUUGAAGACUCCGACGAUAGGCAGGUCAUUGUCCGCUACACACCACUAGGUGUAGUUGUUGGCAUUGUCCCAUGGAACUUUCCCUUCGCCCUUGCGUUGCUAAAAAUUUUACCCGCCGUCAUUACCGGAAAUACUAUCAUUAUCAAGCCAUCGCCAUUCACCCCCUAUUGUGGAUUGAAACUUGUUGAGAUCGCGCAGAAGGCCUUCCCUCCUGGCGUAAUCCAGGCUCUUAGCGGUGACGAUAGUCUGGGACCCUGGUUGACAGCACACCCGGGACCAGCCAAAAUCAGCUUCACGGGUUCAUCCAUGACGGGGAAGAAGGUCAUGGAAAGUGCAAGCAAGACAUUGAAAAGAGUGACACUUGAGCUAGGCGGUAAUGACCCUGCCAUCAUCUGCGCCGAUAUCGAUAUUGAAGCUGUGGCACAAAAGGUCGCAAUGAUGGCAUUCAUGAAUUCUGGGCAGAUCUGCAUUGCAAUUAAACGGAUCUAUGUUCAUGAGUCCAUUUAUGAGAAAUUCCGCGAAGCCGUCAGUCGCGUUGCUAACAGCCUGGUUGUCGGUGAGGGUAAUGAGGACGGAGUAGCCCUUGGCCCAAUUCAGAACUCAAUGCAGUACGAGCGAGUAAAGGGAUUCUUCGCCGAUAUUGAGAAGGAGAAGUGGACUGUUGCUGCCGGCGGAAAUGCAGAAUUUCGGAAGCCAGGAUACUUCGUCCAACCGACUAUCAUUGAUGCCCCGCCCGCUGACUCGAGGAUUGUUGUUGAAGAGCCAUUUGGUCCAAUUGUCCCACUUAUUCCCUGGAAUGAUGAAGCUGCUGUCAUUGAGGCUGCCAAUAACACCAAGAUGGGACUAGGUUCCUCUGUAUGGUCCAAUGAUCUGACCCAGGCACGACGCAUUGGGGACCAGAUCGAAGCCGGUUCGGUAUGGAUCAACACCCACCAGGAGAUGUCUCUGUUCGCGCCAUUCGGAGGCCACAAGGAGAGUGGCAUCGGCUACGAGGGUGGUAUUGGUGGUUUGAAGAGCUUCUGCAAUGCACAAGCCAUUUAUAUUAAGAAGAAUAAAUUGUGA